GUUAAGUAGUAAAAUUUAAAACUAUAGAAAAGGAAGAAGCCAGAAUAAAAUAUAAAACCAAAAUUUUAGGGGAGGGAAAUCAAAGCAAAAAUUUAUGAGUGAUUAAAAAUAUAAUUUUGGACUUAGUUUUUAACUUUUUAUGUUAUGUUAUGUCAUGUUAUUUUUAUACUAUAAUUUAACCAUUAACCAACAAAACAUUUCUCCACUGUGAUUUGAAAAAACAAAUCUCCAAUGUCCAUUCUCCAACAGUGUUCAUGUUCUGUUUUCUUUUGGUGUGUAAAAAUUUCAGUUGACGGCGGCAGAAUCAGAUUCCAACUCCCAAAAAAAAUAAUGAAUUGAGGCUCUGUUCAUUAAUGGCGAAUAAUGCCUCUGUUCCCACCAACCAUUCUAUCCCAAUUAAGUUUACUCAACACUCAUUCUUCCUCCGAAUAAGUUCCCUCUUCAACAUUCCCAUCACUUCCAUUUCCAUACAACAACAGACUUCAGAGAACAAGGACUCUUGUUUUCCAUGUCGAGGAGGAGCGGGUUCUCGUCCUACGACCGGUUGGUGGCAGUGGGGCUCGGCCUUCUGGCGGUGGUUUCACCGCUCUACAUCGACCGGAGACCGACCGUUGAGCUGGACGAGGAUGAGGAAUCAUCCAUUAACUUCGGGUUCUGGUUGCCUGUUCUUCUGAUAACCUUGAUCUUUGUUAUUGCUGGUUUGCUUCACUUGGAACAGAGAUGUGCCAGGUUUGAUGCUUACUGGAUUCACAGAGUUGGUGGCUCUUCUUGUGGCAUAUUCUUCAUUCUUCUGCUUCUUGCAUUUGUUUUGAAGUGUAGAGCUUCUCUCGUGUUCUGGGAGUAACUUUAAACAAUACUUCAUAGUUUCAUCAGUGGACAAAAUCUACACUUUCUUUUGCGGUU